AUGGAGAAGAUCAUCAAGAAGGCUACCGAAUCCGUCUUUGGAGUCCCUAAUCUGAGGGAAACAUUUGAAGACGAUUCUCCAGCAAUAUUCGGUUCUUUAUUCCGCAUCCACGGCAAAAUACGGCGAAAAGCAGGGAGUCCAUGUCCGCUUGUGCAAGGUACAGUUUCAAAAUGCACGCCUGCUUGCUCCGUGCAUAGUUUGAGCCCCCUCAUUCUAUCCAUCUCCCCCAAAAUCGCACUAAUCGUUGAGGAAAAGAAAAAUUCAAGCUGCUCACUUCUUACAUUACUUGACUUCUCAUUGCACUUUACAAACGUCAGUGCAGUGCUGGUCCUUCAUGAUGGCAAAUCAACACCGAACCUCACCAGUUUGUUUCCUAAGGUAUCGGACUCCAAAGAAGGUCGUAAUAAACUCCUCAGUCACCUCCUUCGUAAACCGGACGUUUUGGUUAUUUUCCUUUCCUUGGCCUGGUUUCCCGAACUGCCCGCCCUUUUGGAUAAUCCUCAAGUGAACGUCUCCGCCACGAUUCAGUUGUAUUCUCAAACAAGCAACCCCAAUGAAGAUCCUCUGGAAGAGAACUCGAUCAAGCGCUUCAUUGCUUACGGACUGUUUUUACUCCUUUUCGCCCUUUUCCUUGUCUUUAUCAUCUUCUGUCUGGCUCGCCUGGGCUUCCGACUUAUGCGACGAUUCCGUCUUGCGCAUUCACGAAGUCGCCGAUCGGCAAGUCUCGAAAUGUUUUCACGUUUAUAUAUAUGUCUUUAG